AUGAUCCCAGUUCUUGUACCUACAUGUCCCGGCAAUGAAAUCUGUUGGGCUAGUCCCAGUCCAUCUUGCUACCCUACUAUACCUGGUUGUACGUCGCAUGAAUUGCCGUCGUCUGAAGAAGAAGAAGGCGCAGAUGACUCUCCUGUUUUUUUAACAGAUAAAGAACUAUGGCAAGCUUUCUACCAAGCUGGCACUGAGAUGAUUGUAAAUAAAAAUGGAAGGCGUUUAUUCCCAAUCAUUAAAGUCACAUUACAGUCACGUAUGGAAUUUGUUCAUCCCUCGUCACCAGCUAAUGGUGAAAUAUGGAUAAAAGAAUCUGUCAGUUUUGAAUCUAUUAGAUUAACUCAUAAAGAAGACAGCAAGGGUGGUAAUAUUCUCCUUCAUACAAUGCACAAAUACAAUAUAAACAUAAUAAUACAACCUCUUGAUUCUUCUAUGGAAGAAAUGGUUUACCCACUUGCUAACUCCACUUUCAUUGCAGUUUCAAGUUAUUAUAGCAGUAAGAUCACUGACCUGACAAUGGAACAUAACCCUUUUUCUAGAAGAGCAAAAUGCACGCAAUGGACUAUGGCUGACUUACAGGGGAAGGAACAGGAGGAGGAGGAAGAAGAAUAG